GGUACUCUGAGUCAGCUGUUCAAUUUAUGAGGGAGUAAACUUUUCAGAUUUUCCUUCUACUUUAAUUAAAAAUAAUAGAAAAUUUUCUUGUUUAAAUAUAAUAAAAGUACAUUAAAAAAUGGGCGACUUAAUGAAGGAGUUCGACAACACGAAUUUUAGUGUGGAAAAAUAUACGAAAUUGCUUGUCAAAGAAUGUGUUGGAGGUCCAGAUUUGCAGAAAAGGAAAAAAGAGAUCCAAGCCUACAGCGAUCAAACUUCAGCCACUCUGAAGAAAUCCGUUUAUGCAAAUUACAUGCAAUUUAUUGAAACGGCCAAGGAAAUAUCAAACUUGGAAUCUGAAAUGACCCAGUUAUCAUUGUUGUUAAAUGAGCAGCAUAAUAUAUUAGUGUCUUUAACGGAUGAAAAGUCUGGUGGAGCUAAUAAAACUGCUGAUGAUGACAAGAAUAAAGCACAAGCGCAACAAGAAGCAGAUAAUAUGCAUACGACGCGCGCUGUUAAAGAAAUGGUGCAGGGUUUUGAUGGUAAUCUCGAGGGCAAAACAUUUCUAAAUGAAGGAGCUCUAACCGAGUUAGAUGGCAAUGACUACAGACCAAUUCAAAGAGUGUUUUUCUUCUUAUUCAACGAUGUUCUCAUAGUGUGCAAAGUUAAACACGAUAAGAGGCUAGAAUUUGUUGCCGAAUACAAUCCGAAAACUCUUGCCGUUAUUAAUAUAAAGGACUUGGAUGGAGUUAAAAAUGCAAUUAACAUUAUGACUCCGGAUGGUUCAAAAAUUUUUCAAAGCAUUACACCAGCUGGCAAAGCUGAGUGGAUAGAGCAAUUUGAGGUCGCUCUAAAAUGGGAUCAACAACAAAAAAAAAUAAAGAAGGGGCCUGCACCUCAACCACCGAAAAACAAGGCGGUGAACACUCCGCCUAGCAGUAUAACAUCAUUGGAUCUAACGCCGACAGAGGCCAAACAAAAAUUACAAGGAAACAAUGGUCCCGAUUGGAUUUAUACAGCGACUGAUGAAAUACAAACAUUUAUUGCCCAACGACAUUUCGAAGAAGCCGAGUCUAUGGUCAAACGUUGUCAGGAAUUAUUUUCUCAGGGUAAGGUUUUUGAUAAUGCCGCUGAAAUAAAAUUAAAAGUCAAACACUUGGAGAAGCAAUUAAUGCAAGUCCUCUUGCAAGAACUGUCAAAAUGUCAUGCCAGAAACCUUCAGGUGGCUUUAAGAUCUUCUAGACGUUGCCUCCAGAUCCUUGUUAAUAUGGGAAAAGCCAGGCAUGCUUGUGGGACUUUAUUAAAAGUAUGCUCUAUAGCACUGCGUACUGCCCAACGAGAGGCAAGAAAAAAUAACGCUGAAAUAUCCGAACUAUUUUUCUGUGACUUGGCACAUGUUGCUUGCGAAUUUUUAGCCUCUUUUGAGACACAACCGGCUUGUGUUAGUGCCCUUGUUGUAUGGUGUAACGCUGAACUGCAAUAUUUUGCCAGCCAACUGAAGAAGCAUUACCUAAAUAAAGGAAGUCAGUUGGAAGCUAUUGCCAAAUGUGUGGAGGGCGUAAGGAAACCAUGCGCAAAGUUAACGGAAAUCGGUUUGGAUCUUUCAUACCAUUUGGAAGGGCUGCUGCGCGCCGAUCUUGUGGGAUUGAUAAAUGACUCACGGAUUCGAUUAUUGGAAACUAUUGGCCGAACAGAAGACGCUUGGCAACCAUAUAAUCUACAAACAAAAUCUAAUUUAAAACGUUUGCUUUUAGAAUUGGACGCUUUAGGUAUCAACUUACGCCCUCACACAACAGGCGACACUUGGAUAAAUUUAACCCAGUCUACAGUUAACUUUACCAGGCAUUAUUUACAAUUAACCCAGUAUUCCGGUUACCUAGCUAAAAGUGAAGCUCUCUCACAAAGUUGUCAAAUUCUUCUUAGAGACUUGCUGCAAUCCCAACAAUCGCUUAAACCACUUUCUGGCUUAAGUGUUGAUCCAAACUUUGUGAUGAAAAAUAAGCUGUUUCUAACUGAGGAAUUAUUGCCUAUAUCAAUUGGAAAAUUCCGACAAAUCAGUGGCAGCAAUGCAAAUAUUUUGGAAACUCUAAAAAAUCAAAUGCGCGAGCAACAGACUCCUCCCAUUCCAAAAAAACGUAGCGUUUAUCAAACUGAUGUAUUUUAAGAUCAUAAGAUUAAACUUAAUUACACUGUAAGUAAAAAUAUGUAUUAAUUUCAUACACUUACAGUGUUAAUAAUAGAAGUAUUGAAGAAGAAUUGAUAAAACAUUAUGAUUAAAAAAUAAAUGUAAAAA